CAGCGGCAGCCAAAAAGCAGUUGCCAAAAAUAAAAUAAGAAAAUAGAUUAAUUUUCAUUUUUGUUUUUCCGAUCCCAACGCGAAUUCGCUAAAUUAUAAACAUAAUAGAAAACAAGAAUGUGGCUAAGGUUAAAUUAGUGCUUUGGCCAGCUUUUGGCACAAAAACACAACAAAAUAAACACGAAAAUGAAAAUGAAAAUGGAAAGCAACAAAUAAGUGUCGGAAAAGUGGUUAAAACCAAACUCCCAAAAAAUGUACACAAAUCCAUGUGUGUGUAUAUCAGCAAAUAAUCAACAUUAAACAAUAGUAAAUAGAAGAAGAAGAAGAAGUAGUUGAAGAACAACAACAAGAGGCGACAAACAACAACAAUAGCAACGACGAGAAACAGCAACAGCGAGCUGGGAAAAAAGUUUAUUGCAUCUAUUCAGGCGCAUAAAGAAAAUGAGCGCAAAGAUGACACGCUACAAACAGACCGAAUUUACGGAAGAUGAUUCAAGUUCAAUUGGCGGCAUUCAGCUGAACGAGGCGUCGGGACAUCCAGGCAUGCAGAUACGCUAUCAUACGGCGCGGGCAACAUGGAACUGGCGAUCACGAAACAAAACCGAAAAACUCUUACUGAUUGUCACAUUUGUGAUGGCAAUCGUGAUUUUAACACAGUUCUGUGUUUUAUUCUCCAAUAACUCAAAUGACAACACAAAGCAUGUGUUGCAUGUGCAGCCCCACAAGAAAGAUUGCCUCUCGGCCAAUGAGUUGCCCUGCCUCAAUGAGCACUGCAUAUUUGCGUCGAGCGAGAUUCUAAGGUCGAUUGAUGUCACUGUGGAUCCCUGCGAUGAUUUCUAUGGAUAUGCAUGCAAUCAGUGGAUCAAAAACAAUCCCAUACCCGAGGGCAAAUCAACGUGGGGUACUUUCGGCAAGCUGGAGCAGAUGAAUCAGCUGAUCAUACGCAAUGUGCUGGACAAGCCGGCCAAGAGUUUCAAAUCGAACACAGAGCGCAAAGCAAAAGUCUACUACGAGUCCUGCUUGGAUGUGGAUGAGCACAUGGAGAAGCUGGGCGCGAAGCCAAUGAAUGAUUUGCUCACCAAAAUCGGAGGCUGGAAUGUGACGCAGAGUGGCUACAAUGUGACCAAAUGGAAACUGGGCAGUGCACUCAAAAUAUUGCACAACAAAUACAAUUUCAACUGUUUGUUUGGUUGGGCCAUUGGCGAAGAUGACAAGAACUCCACUCGCCACGUUAUACAGAUUGAUCAGGGUGGCCUCACGUUGCCCACUGCAGAUUAUUACAACAAUAAGACGGAUAUUCAUCGCAAGGUGCUCAGCGAGUAUAUCGAAUACAUGACCAAGAUCUGUGUUCUUUUGGGUGCCAAUGAGACGGAUGCGCGGGCCCAGAUGGAGGGCGUCAUCAAUUUUGAGAAGAAACUUGCCAACAUCACCAUCCCGAUGGAGGAUCGACGCAACGAGGAGGCAAUGUAUCAUCCCAUGAAACUGAAGGAACUCAAUGUUCUUGCGCCGUUUCUCAACUGGACCGAUCACUUCGAUAAUGCCAUGCAGUUGGUGAACAGACGCGUCACCGACGACGAAGUUGUCGUCGUCUAUGCGCCCGACUUUCUCAAGAAUCUCUCCAACAUCAUAAUGAGCAUGCAGCAAACGGAAGCUGGCAAAAUCACUCUGAACAACUAUCUGACGUGGCAGGCAGUGCGCACGCUGACCAGCUGCUUGUCCAAGCCCUUCAGGGAUGCGUAUAAGGGCGUGCGUAAGGCGUUGAUGGGCUCCGAUGGCGGCGAGGAGGUGUGGCGCUAUUGCGUCUCCGAUACGAACAAUGUGGUUGGCUUUGCAGUCGGUGCGAUAUUUGUGCGGCAGGCCUUCCAUGGCGAAUCCAAGCCAGCGGCGGAGCAAAUGAUCGGCGAGAUACGCGAAGCCUUUAAAAUGAAUUUACAAAAUCUCAGCUGGGUAGACAAGCAGACGCGUGAGCGCGCCAUUGAGAAGGCCAAUGAGAUCUCAGAUAUGAUCGGUUUCCCCGACUACAUACUCGAUCCGAUUGAGUUGGAUAAGAAAUAUGCUGAACUGAAUAUCACAGCUGAUGCGUAUUUCGAGAAUAACAUCCAAGUGGCGAUUUACAAUUUGAAGAGCAAUCUGAAGAAGUUGGAUCAGCCAGUGAAUAAGACGAAUUGGGGCAUGACACCGCAAACAGUGAAUGCUUAUUAUACGCCGACCAAAAAUCAAAUUGUUUUCCCCGCCGGCAUUCUGCAGACACCGUUCUUCGACAUCAACAAUCCCAAGAGUCUCAAUUUCGGUGCCAUGGGCGUUGUGAUGGGCCACGAGCUGACGCAUGCCUUCGAUGAUCAGGGACGGGAGUAUGACAAAUAUGGCAAUAUUAAUCGUUGGUGGGAUGCCAAGAGUAUCGAACGUUUCAAUGAGAAAUCCGAGUGCAUAGCUCGACAAUACAGCGGCUUUAAGCUCAACGGACGCAAUCUGAAUGGCAAACAGACAUUGGGCGAGAACAUUGCUGACAAUGGCGGCCUGAAGGCUGCGUAUCAUGCCUAUUUGCGCACUAAGCCCGAAAAGGAUGCAGAUGUCCUUAGGCUGCCCGGCUUGAAUUUAACGCAUGAGCAACUCUUCUUUGUGUCCUUUGCCCAGGUUUGGUGCUCCAGCACAACGGAUGAGACAAAUCUGCUGCAAAUGGAAAAGGAUCCGCAUUCACCGUCGCAAUUUCGCGUUAUUGGCACGCUGUCGAAUAUGAAGGAAUUCGCCGAGGUAUUCCAGUGUAAGCCCGACAAACGCAUGAAUCCGACCAAGAAAUGUGAAGUCUGGUAAACAGAAUCGAAACGGAAAAGAUCUCAGUAACUAAAGCACAAGAAACAAACAAAGAAAAUAUAUCUAAAGGAAUAGCUUCACCUCUAUGGAAGAUGAUGAUUGUCUUUAGUGCUUAUAGAGCUAACAGUUUGUCAUGUGCUAUAUGUUUGCAUUGUCGUUUGUUUUCUUGCAGAGUCGAUCAAUUUUUUUUUAAGAGAGAGUUUAAUUUUUUAUACCAAUUGAAAAUAUCUCAAAUGACUUAAAUAUUUGUCAAACUACUUGAAUUAAUUACAAGUGUAACACAAAAAAAAUAAGAA